CGGACUUUGUCGAUAACAAAUGUCUAAAAUGUACGUGCUGUCACCUUUGCUACCGGCAAUCAAUAGUUAAUUUUAAAUUUCAAAUCCCUUCAAGCUAGUAAGUAGUACAUUGUAUCCGAUGUUGGUCGAGUUGAGGCGUUGAGUCCUCUCAUCAUGAUCAUCAGGACCACUUCUCCCUGGAGAAAAGCCUUAGUAGGAUAGCAACGCGCCACAGAGGAGGAAAACUGAAGAUCCUGUUCCUUAGAGCUAAGCCUAAGUAGGAGAGACGACUGGAAAGAUGGAAACUUUGAUUCCCACCAUCAACCGGCUGCAAGAGGUCUUUCAGACGGUCGGGACAGAGAUCAUACAGCUGCCUCAGAUAGUCGUGGUUGGGACUCAGAGCAGUGGAAAAAGCUCAGUGCUAGAGAGCCUGGUCGGAAGGGAUUUUUUGCCUCGGGGAUCUGGAAUAGUCACAAGACGACCCCUUGUGUUGCAGCUCGUCAAUGUUGCUCCACAACAGGAAAGGCUGAAGAAUGAGCAUGGAAAUGGGCUUAAACAAAAUAUUCAAAACAGCUACACAGGUGUCAAAGCUGAAGAAUGGGGCACAUUUCUGCAUUGUAAGAACCAGAUCUUCACAGAUUUUCUGGAAAUUCGUAAAGAAAUCGAAGCAGAGACAGAGCGCACUUCGGGGGACAACAAAGGAAUCACUUGUGAGCCCAUAUAUUUGAAGAUAUUCUCCCCCAAAGUUCUGAAUCUCACUCUGGUUGAUUUACCUGGAAUUAUCAAGGUUCCUGUUGGAGACCAGCCAGAAAACAUUGAGGCUCAAGUGCAAGAGAUGAUCUUAUCCUUCAUCUCCAAUCCAAACUCUCUUAUCCUCGCAGUAUCCCCUGCCAAUUCUGACUUGGCCACCUCUGAUGCUCUGAAAUUGGCACGUGAGGUUGAUCCAGAUGGUCGUCGAACGCUGUUGGUGGUCAGUAAACUGGACCUGAUGGAUGCUGGAACUGAUGCGCUGGAGGUCCUCCUGGGGAGAGUCAUACCUGUAAGGCUUGGCAUCAUCGGGGUGGUCAACAGGAGCCAGCAUGACAUUAAUACUCAAAAGAGCCUGGAGGACUCGAUUAAAGACGAGCACGUUUUCCUGCAGCGCCACUACCCCUCACUCGUAUCCCGAGCGGGCUCCCGUUACCUCGCAAAAACUCUUAGUAAACUGCUCAUGCACCACAUCAGGGACUGCCUGCCAGAGCUCAAAACACGAGUGACAGUACUCAUUUCCCAGUACCAGGCACGACUCAACAGCUAUGGUCAACCUGUGGAGGACCACAGCGCCACUCUGCUGCAAAUUGUCACCAAGUUUGCCACAGAUUAUUGCAACACCAUAGAGGGAACAGCCAGGCACAUCCAAACAUCUGAGCUCUGUGGAGGUGCUCGGAUCUGCUACAUAUUCCACGAAACCUUUGGCCGCACUCUGCAGUCUAUCGACCCUCUGGGAGGCCUGACUGACCUGGACAUCCUCACCGCCAUCCGCAACGCUACGGGUCCAAGGCCGGCUCUUUUUGUACCUGAAGUGUCGUUUGAGUUGCUGGUGAAGAGGCAAAUAAAGCGCCUGGAGGAGCCCAGCAUGCGCUGCGUAGAGCUCGUUCACGAGGAGCUCCAGAGGAUCAUCCAGCACUGCUCCUCCUACAGCACACAGGAGCUUCUUCGAUUUCCCAAACUGCACGAUUCCAUAGUGGAAGUGGUGACCGGAUUAUUGAGGAAGCGCUUGCCAAUUACUAAUGAAAUGGUGCACAAUUUAAUUUCAAUUGAGCUUGCCUAUAUCAACACAAAACAUCCAGACUUCACAGAUGCAGCACAGGUCUCAGCAUCUGUCAACAGUCAGCAGGCAGACACUCUGGACGGCGGAAAGCACUGGAAGACUGAGAAGACAGUGGAGAAUAAAGCUCAAGUGCCAGGCUUUGGCAGUCCCAGCAAAACCCAAGCUGUCAACCUGCUGGACACAGCGGUACCCAUUUCUCGCAAGUUGAGUGCCAAAGAGCAGAGGGACUGUGAAAUCAUCCAGCGUCUCAUCAACUCCUACUUCCUGAUUGUCCGCAAAAGCAUCCAAGACAGCGUACCCAAGACGGUCAUGCACUUCCUGGUGAAUUUCGUGAAGGAGCAUCUGCAGAGUGAGCUGGUGGGUCAGCUUUACAAGCAGGGCCUGCUGCAGGAGUUACUCAUCGAGUCUCAGGAAACCGCUCAGCAGCGGACCGAGGUCGCACAAAUGCUCGAGGCACUUAAGAAGGCCAAUAACAUCAUCUCUGAGAUCCGGGAGACCCAUCUUUGGUAGCCAGAGGAAGCUGACGAGCCUCUUUGUUUGUGGAGAGCUUUAUGCGUGUUAAAGUGUAUGCGAGUUCUCUGUGGAGGAUGUGUGCCGCAGUAGUUUCCUCAUAGACUAAUGAGCACAUUAAGCCGGUACUUUGUCUCAACAGAUCAUGUUCAGCGCAGUGGAGCUGCUGCUGUUCCCUCUAAUGUGUGUCGUUGGAAAAAUCAAUUCCAAACUCAGGCCAAAGGUGUUUCUUAGAGGUUCCUCCUGUGAAAAUCAUAGCCACAAACAUAGUCCUUUUAGCGCCACCUUAUGAGAACAUUCCUGCUUUAAGUGUGACCUUGUAAUGUGUAAUAUUUAAGGAUGUGUUUACGCUGCCCUUUUCCAUGUGUAUCCAUGAGCUGGGCUUCUCCCUGGACCCCUUUGGCAGGUACUUGUGCUAAUAUGGAUUUAUAGUUUAAACUUUCAUCACCUUUUGAUCAUUUAGACAGGGAAAAAAAAGCGUGCCAGUGCUGACUGCAGUGCAACAGUGAAGACUAACUGCAGUUAUUGUCCAGAAAGUAAUGGAUGGGUGAAACAAAUAGUUUUUAUUAAUGAAUAGAGCUGCAUUGGUCAGUCAUAUUUACAUAUCAGUCCAUUUGUACUUUUGGAGGAUAUUGCACUUUUGUGUCAUUAACAAGACAUAUUUUUGGAAUUCUUGAAAUAAAGUGGAGAACAUCAGAUCCCUUCAUAGACACGUUUGAGUAUUAGUGAGCUGUUAUGGAUGACAUAUUCUAAAAUUAGAAGUAUUAAAGAAGUCGGACUGUUUAAUAUUUAUUCCUUAAACAAUUAUACGUCUCCUGUAGAAGUUUGAAGGUUCAUGUAAUGUUGACUAUUUUUCUGCUGGAAAGACAAACUGCCUCCAAGAAUGAUCAAAAUUGGUAAAUCUACAAUCCUUACUUGAUUAAAGCCAUUUGUGUCUUUGUCAUAUUUUGUUUGUAAUAUGUUGCUUGAUUAAAAAAAAACGUCUAUUUAUUUUAUGGUGCUUUUACUUUGAAACAUUCCUUAAUGGAUCCAUAUCACUUGUUGGGUUUCUCAGGACGACCUGCUCUGUAGCUCUGACAUAUUCUGUGUUAAAUGUGUAAAAGCAUUGCUUUAGUGUGCACGUGUGUGUGUGCAUGAUUUAAGCAGUGAAUGAAGGUUGAAUUUGUUCUAUUGUACAUUUCUUUGACAAUUGCCUCUCAGUUCUUGCUUGCCAAUAUUUGUGCUGUUUGCUGAGUUCAUUAAAACGUGAACAAAGAACGAUG